CGUAGGGAAGACGAUCGAGCGAGGAGUGAAGCGUGUCACAAUCGUGCUCGAGUGCGUGUGAGAUGGUGCGACGAUGAGCAAGCGCCGGGAUGAUUUACUAUUCCCCGCUACCGUCGCUGUCGCAGUCGGUGGCCGUGCUCUGUAAGGAUCAGUGCGUCGUGCGCGAGACUUAGCCCUGCUGCGGGAGGUCGGACGACGAAAUGAUCGCACUCGAGAACGUAGGAUCGCGGCACCGGGACUGGAAGUAAGCAAGUUCCUCACUCCUAGCGCCGCUGGGCCCCUGCUAAACGCACACCUAUCGGACAUGUCACAGUGCGUUUGAGGCAAAAUGGCAGCCACGUUAACCGUCGAGCAGGAGCAAGCCACGAAGGAAUUUAUAGAAGCGGUGAACAAGUGCAGAGCUGGAAGACGGGCUGGCCCAGUGUCUUGGAGCACAGCAGUGAAAUUCUUGGCGGCGCGAAAAUUCGAGGUACAACGUGCUCUAGCUCUGUACGAGCAGCACGAAGCUACCAGGAGAAGAGAGGGACUAGCAGUCUUGCAUCCUACUCAGGAACCUUUACUCAGCGAGUUACGCACAGGAAAAUUCACUGUCUUGCCAUCAAGAGACGCAACAGGUGCAGCGAUAGCUAUUUUUACAGCACACUUACAUCUUCCACAAAAUACCACGCACCAAACAACUCUACAAGGUGUUGUGUACCAGUUAGACGCUGCUCUCGAAAGCGCAGAGACGCAGAAGCAUGGUCUAGUUUUUAUUUAUGAUAUGUCCGACAGCAAGUACCAGAAUUUUGACUAUGACCUGUCUCAGAAAAUUCUGACACUUUUGAAGGGUGGUUAUCCGGCGAAACUAAAGAAGGUCUUGAUAGUAACGGCACCACUGUGGUUCAAGGCUCCCUUCAAGAUCCUUCGAUUAUUCGUUCGUGAAAAACUGAGGGAUAGAGUAUUCACCGUGUCUAUCCCUCAGCUGACAUUACAUAUCCCCCGGGAAUCAUUACCACAUCGUUUAGGCGGCACGUUGGAGGUACAGCAUGAAGCAUGGCUACUUCAUUGUCUUAAAUCCAUGACAAACCGAGGAGGGGGUGAACUGUGUGAGGUCACCCCGAGAGUGGGUACACCUGUCUCGCCCACGGCGAAGAAUCAUACAGUUCUUCAAAAUCCCAAUGGGACUACGCACAGUAACUCGACUAGUCCUAUAAUCGAUAAGAACAAAGUGAAAAAUGGUGUGUCGAACAUCGGCGACAUCGAGAUUACCGCGAACGGCGAUGUCUGGUUGGGCACCGACGAGGCACCAUCCCCAGUUCAGCCUCCGUCCUCGGCAAGUUCCGGUUUUAGUGACGAUGAUAGCCUUCACGGGGAUCUCGGACUACAGGCUGUCACAAUGGAACAGUUUAUAGCCGAUAUACACUCGAGAGGACGCGCUGGCCUCAUAGCGGAAUACGCGGAGAUUCGACAGAGACCGCCAGAUGGUCAAUUUAACAAUGCAAAGUUAAAGUCUAAUCAAUCAAAGAAUCGCUACACCGACGUGCUUUGCUACGACCACACCAGAGUUUGUCUCUCACAAGUGGACGGGGACGCUACGUCCGAUUAUAUAAACGCGAAUUUCGUCGACGGUUACAAGCAAAAGAAUGCGUUUAUUAGUACUCAGGGUCCUCUUCCGAAAACUUGCGGUGAUUUCUGGAGAAUGGUCUGGGAACAGCAGACGUUGGUCGUCGUCAUGACAACAAGAGUGGUGGAACGAGGCCGUACGAAGUGUGCGCAAUACUGGGGUCCUGAACCUGGUGAUGAAGUGCAAGCGGGUGGCUUUACCGUCACAACUCUCGAGGUCGACACGAAUCCAGACUACACAAUAUCCAUGCUUCUCCUUACAAACAAUAAGACUGAUGAGACGCGAGAGGUUUGCCAUAUGCUGUACACAGCGUGGCCGGAUUAUGGUGUUCCUCAGUCAGCAAAGGCUUUAUUACAAUUCUUAUCAUUAGUGAGACAGCAACAGAGCAAAUUACUCGCAAGUAGAGGAGACACAUGGGCCGGACAUCCACGAGGACCACCUAUAGUUGUACAUUGCAGUGCGGGUAUUGGGAGGACAGGUACAUUUUGCACCUUGGAUAUUUGCAUAUCGCGAUUGGAGGACACCGGAACCGUGGACAUCAGGGGAACCGUCGAGAGGAUCAGAGCGCAGCGGGCCUACAGUAUUCAAAUGCCGGAUCAGUACGUGUUUUGCCAUCGCGCAUUGGCGGAGUACGCGCUUUCCAGAGGAAUGCUCAGCGCGCAGCAUCUCGCCAUGUUACCUACGCCGUUCGACGAGGAUUCCGAUUAAAGUACCGCGUGCUCUGCUAUCAUAAUACCGGAUUGAUGUUCUUCCCGAGUAUGCAUAUAUAGUAACCUCAAAUAGCCUAUUUCUACCUUAAACGACUGAAAGUUAUUUUUUUUUUGCUAUCAUCCCGGUCGAUGUAACGGUCGGACUUCUCGCUAUUUUCACGUCAGUCUCAAAAGAACUUCCGAUGGAGUUAGAUUAAUUCUUUUCCAAGGCCAAACUUGCGAGCCCGGGAAUUCCUCCUGCAUUUCUGUUGCUCGCAUCUUGCUCCGACGAAUCCUACAUAAAGGCGCGUCAAAAGACGCUAAUCAAAGAUUAGUAUCUUACUAGUGAAAUAUAGAAAUCUGGCGCGAAAAGAAUUCUAUUGAUUCUAUCUUGACUCUCUCAGAAAUUGUAAAUUGCGAUUCGUAUCCGGAGACCCGACAAAAUGGGCAGCUGUCAAUCUGCCUUAAGGAAGUAAUCAGCAACGUAUGGAUAGAAGUUUUUUGGAUAACCAAAGAUUAUCCGCUACACGAGUUUAGAAAAUUGAGAACUCAAGUGCAUGUGAACUUUGAUUAUCAACACGCGUGGCAAAUUCCGUUUUACAGGGAUUACUAAUCAGGGAUCAUAUUGUAGAAUAAAAUAACUUCCGACGUGACACUAAAAGUAACGAAGCCUAAAAUGCGGGGCUUUAAAGAUUUAAUUAAGCCUUUACGUUAGUGUGAAAUACAAAACUUCCAGUUUGUCUGACAAUUAUAUAUACAUAUAUAUACACACGUCAGUGUAUGUGUGUGUAUAUAUAUAUAUACACACACACAUGUGUACAUAUAUAUAUGCGCUUCACUAUGGAAACUUAACGAUUAAAUCAUAACGAUUAAAGAUCGUAUUACAUCUGCAAGCAUCAAACGUUUGAGAACAUUUUAAAAUCUAGAUAUUAAUAAGACUCUAAUUAACACACAGUGACAAUGUAAAUUUUAACUUCAACGGAUAAUAUAUAAUAAUUAAACGAGAAGAAAGGAAAUAUAUCGCAACAUACGGAAUACGGAGAAAAUAUAGAGACGUUAUAUACUCUCUAGAUAAUUGGAAAGUUGACGCGUUGUUUAAACAUGGAUUAAUUUUAUAUAUAACUGCGAAGUGAUAAGUAAUUCUUGACGAUAAAGGUUUCACGUUUCCAGGGUAUCGCGAGAUGUGUAUCUUUGGUUCUAUACAAUAUUUAAUCCUAGUAAAACGGUCAAGAGAAAGAAAGAAAAAAGAGAAGAGAAAACGCGGAGAGGCGAUGACGAGAGCUUUGGAAGCGAACACCCCCGCUCGUGGAAUUGCUUUCGAUCGCCGUUUCGCGCUUCUCGUUUUCGUUGUUAUCAGCUAAGAACUUUCAGUGUGUGUACACAUAAACUACGGAUAUAUGUUACACGAGAUCCGUCUCAUUCGUACGCAGUAAAAGUACUCGGAAUCGUUUAUCCGUUGAAUGUGCGAACGAGACCUCUGCAAGGAAGACGAGGGCGCGUCACACUGUCAUACGUGAUGCAAUGUCGACGAUGUGACGGACGAAUCGUUUCUUGCACAGGUCGCUCGGUGUUGUUUCGUAAAUUACGAACUUUAUCGUGGCUAUAUUAUGAUAUUAGUGUCGUAAAGCAUUGUGAUAGUUGGUAGAAAGCCCACGAGAAUUCGUAUUUCUCUAUUCUUCCAAGUACUGCCAUUGCCAACGCUGAUUUCUUACUUCUAAUCACGCUGAUGACAAACUAAAUUCUCGCGGCAUAAUUACGAUUACGGCGAGACCGCGCGCGUAUAUCUCUACUAACUGUAAUACUUCGUAAUAAUUUAUUAACAUUGAGUUUAGGACACGGUACAUGUAGUGACGAUGCGACGGGAGUGCUCUGCUGGAACUGGUGCACGCUUCUUCGUGCUAAAAGAGCGUUCGGGCGGUUUGCAUCCCGAGGCGUCGUUCUCACGAACGUCUCGCGUGGAGUCGCUGCAACACGGAAUGUCGCGGUGUUAACGGUAAAAACGAUAACGAGCGAAACUGUUAAAGGUGUCUUCGAAUUUUAUAUGAAAAAAAAAGAGAAAAAAGAAAUGAAAAAUGUACACUGUUGCGUACCGCGCGGAAAGCUUAGUCACAUUUAAAAUAAUUUAUCAAACUUCAACGUAAUGCGUAAGUUCCUCCUACUCCUAGGUUACCUACGAAAGGGCAUGUUAUCGAUAUUGAUUAUCGUUUACUGUUUUAUUUUUACGUCUAUCGUAUUGUAUAAUCAGCAUUAUUCCUCUGUAUUAUCUAGCUAUUUAUUGUAUCAAUUGGCGAUAAACGCAAUCGUCGUGUAUCAUGGAUUUGUCAAUCUCCACUCUAGAAGAUGUCAUUCGCUUCUUUUUUCUGGCGUUUCUUUCUCUUUUUUAUUUUUUUUCCGAUGCAUGAGUAACGGAUAUGUGUUGAUUUGGUGUUCGACUGUCUCUAUUGGGUGUGAAUGUGAAGCGAGAUUUUAUAGCUAUUUUUCGUGUGCGCCUCUUUCGCGUCAUAUUUUCGUAAUAAUGUAAUAGCGUCAUCACACACAACCGCCCGUAUGUGAAUGAUAAAAGUCGUCAGAGCGAGAAAGUUCCAAAGCUUCGUGAGACUUGCACACAACAGUUGUUAAUCGCGGAAUAACGAACAAUUAUAAUACGUUAAUACCUAAACGUGUUCGAGUCGCUGCGCACGAGGAACUUUGGAACUUGAGAAUAGGUAGUUUAAAGUAAUCGACUCAACAGUAUUAUGCCUCACAAAUGUUCACGUUUCUUUAUGUUGCGCUAAAUCGGUUUACUCUGUCACGCAAUUGCAUCAGAUAGUUCAGACUUACCGUCCAUCCUUCUAAUUUUUAGAUUAACAAAUUAUUUCGAAUGUAACAAUGUAAGAACAUUUAGAGUGAAGAACAAUUUUCUAAACGUGAGUGAAAAUUGUCGACGUUAAUCACCGAAUCGUUUAUACAAUUAGACGCGCGUGUUUAAUUUUAAUUAAAUUAUAUUCACAAUUAGUUGCCACGCAAUACUUGUGACCAAUAUAUUAUAUGAUACGCGACAUAUUUAAAAUUGAUUCGAAAAAAAGGGAAAAAAGUUUUCACCGAAAAAAAGGGAAAAAAGUAAUUAUUUACGUGCAUUUUAUACACAUCUGAAAGAUACAUUUGGACUGGACUGUAACUCUCAAACUAUAUCCUGCAUAUUUUCAUUCCUUUGACACGUUUCUAAGUUGCGAGCAACUUUUACGUGCGAAUACGCUGUCAUUAAUGCGAUCUUGCGUUUUGUCUCAAUUAUUUUGCGCUCGUAAUGCACACGCUAUAUUGUGGACCUUGAAAAUUUCGGCGUUACCGAUGCUACACAUCUCUAUCGAAGGUGUCGAUGGACAAGAAUAAUAAUUGACUAAUUACUUGUCGUUGUACGCGAUAGUCGCUCACUUUUGUAUGAUAAUGCGAGAUCGAAGAAAUACAAAAGCGAAAAGAGCAACAAUAGAGGAAACUAAUGUCUUAUGUGUAUAUCUGGUACAUGCAACUCGUGUCAUAAUAAUUAAGACUCAUAUAACGAGAUUGUUAAAAAUAUUACGAGAUGGAAAAAGUACAGUGGAGAAAGAAAGAAAGAAGAAAAAAAAUGUAUAUAGAAAUAUGAAUUUAAAUUACUAUCGCACAUAAUUGUAUCUAAUUAAUAAUUAUUUAAUAUAUUGCAAAUAUAAAUGGUAUAAA